GAUGAUACUUUUGCAAAACUUUGCAUUGAUUUUGGACAUAGCAUUUAUUCAUAUUGGUUUAAGGGCUUAAAGGACCACGCCAUAUGUCAUGUAUCCAUGAAUGAUCAUGAAAUAAAUCAUAGUAAUAUUGUGAAAAAAGUAAAAGACACAAUUAAUUUAGAUUGUUAGGGUUAACGGCUUUGUCACAUAUUAAAAAGGUAUGCUCAUAGUUAGAGAUAUAGCACGCUGAAGUGAGUAUGUUGAAGGUGGUUAAAGUUCAUGGCAAGUUCAACAUAUUGUUUUCUCUUCUGGCUUCAAGAGAUAUGGAUGUGGUCAUCAGCAGGCUGGUAUUUCAUGGUCCGCCAUUCACAUUCUUUUAUAUUUUGGGCUACAUUAUUUAUUAAGUAGAAAUGUUAGGCUUUAUGGUGGCACAAGAGAAAGUGCACAUAACAUAAUAACCAAUUGGUUAAAAAACAUAUUGUUCAAGAAGAUCGAGAUUUGAAAAAUUCCAGGGCUUUACAACAAUCUUGAGGUGGGUGCAUGGUACUCGGAAUACUUGGUCUCCUUGAUCAGCAGACUGAGAGUAUGCAAUGUUUGUCUUCGGGCAGUGCAUGAUAGUUGACUUUUUUUCAUUUCCCCUCUGCAUUUGGGAUGGUUCCUGCAUAAUGUCCAGUGCACAGAAGAAGGCCCUCCAGCCUCUACUUCAAGUGCCCCCCCCCCCCCCCCCCAUGUUUCCUCUUCAAAAGGAUGCCGAUUUAAAAGAUUAAGAUUUAGAUAAACAAUAAUGAUUAUCAUUUUGAUGGUGACAGUUGACACAAGUGGAUGUAAAGAAGAUGUGAGCAGAUAACCAGUUUAGACUUCUUUUUGAUCACUAAACUGGUAAAAGUGAUGAGAUAAUUAUAGUAGCGGUUCGUUAAACAGGUGUCAGUUGACAGAUGUAGCAGGCUUCCUUUCAAUGAAAAGGGUUUACAUCUGACCAGAGUGCAAAGAAGCAGUAUACCAUAAAAUAAAAAAUGCAGUGCAGAUAUGGUCAACAGUGAAAAUGUACAAAUAUAUAUAUAAACAGCAUGUACAAACAGCAUCUGAAAACAGCAAACCUAACAAAUAGCAAACCCAAAUCCAACGUGCAAGUGACUAUAUUAGACAUUUAAGGUGCAGUGUGAUUGGGGGAGGAUGUGGAGGGAUCUAUCUACAGUAUAAUGUUUAUUUCAAAUUUUUGUAGAUUGUAUUAAGAAGAGUUUUUUUUUACAUUUCAAGACAUUUUUUCUUCUCAACAUAGUGAAGCGUCCCAUGGUAAGGAAAGCGACGAGACGUUGUCUUGCUUGUUGCGGUUCAUUCGAGGGCAGUGCACAGAUCCUGUGGGUCAUAGCCUGCGCCGACCCAACAGUCAACACUGUUAAUCGUUCUCUCACAUGCUUCACCGUCUGCUCCCGGUCAUAGACAAACUUUCAACAACUAUAAACAACAACAUCCCAUCUCACUCGCACUGCCAAUCCCAGGUACAUUCAUGUGUGCCACCCACCCCCAUAGUCAGGAUGAUUGACCGGUUUUACAGCUACAGAGGUCAAGAGACCUUCACUGACCUCCUGAACUCAGUAAAUGCAAUAAUAUAGUUAUUGCUUUCUGUCAUAUAUGUAUAUAUAUAUAUAUAUGUUAUAUAUAAUGUUACAGCCUCGUUUAACUUUGUACAGACUGUAUGCAGAAAAUACAGUAAUACAAUUGCAGUACUAAAUUAUUGAACUGUAUGUAGGAAAUGCAUCCCACAAACCUUGUGUUUACGUCAUCAUGAACUCGGCUUUUGUUUUGAAAAGAAAAUUUCCCGGUAGAGUCUGAGGACACGCCUCUGUCAUGACGCCUGUGCGAGUGCGGAAGUGACUGUGGCCUGUUUCUCCCACAUGGUGAAAAUGGCUGCGAAUGAGGAAAAGCAACAGGGCCACAGACCCGGCGUAUUGAAACAGAAAAAUAAAGGUCACAAACAUGGCAAGCACCGGACGAAAGGUGAAAUUGAGAGAGAAAACAAAGGAAGAGUGUCAGUGACGGCCUUUACCAAGAAACAGAGGAAGGAGCAAAAGAGGAUGGACAGAAGGAACAAAGCCAACCAGCUUCGCAGGAAUAAGAAAGACAUGGUCCUGACAGAGAAGCGACGUCUCGGCACCAGGGACGGUCCUCCGCAUUUGGUCGCUGUGGUGUCACUCCAUGCCGGAGUGGAUGCCGGUGCUGUUACCAAACUGCUACGCCAGGAGGGUGCUGGGGGUGUCGUACAUCAGGAGCGCUGCAUCAGUGGCGUCAGUGACAGUUUUGGGCUGCUUCUGCCUCGUUUUAAGCAGAGGUUCACCUUUCUAAGCCAGAGCACCGCUGACAUACACUCCCUGCUGGAUGUGGCAAAGGUUGCAGAUAGCCUUGUAUUUGCGGUGGACUCCGCUGAAGGUUGGGACAGCUAUGGGGACUACUGUCUCUCCUCCCUCUUUGCUCAAGGCCUCCCCAGCCAUGCACUGGUGUGUCAGGGUGUGUCGGAUCUUCCUGGGAAGAAGAAGCUUGAGUCCAAGAGAGCUCUGUCAAAGAUCACAGAGAUCCGUUUCCCUGAUGCCCGCCUCUUCCCCCUGGAUUCAGACCAGGAUGCCACUCUGCUACUCAGACACAUCGGCGCUCAGAGACAGAGAAAGCUUGGUUUCCGCUCCAGACGUUCACAUCUCUUGGCUCAGCAUGUCACUUUUACAGCCAACAGCCCUGCUGAGGGGACAGGUGGUGCACCCACUGGCCUGGGUACCCUCUGCGUCUCAGGGUACGUCCGUGGCCGUCCCCUACAAGUUGACAGACUGGUGCACAUCAGCGGACAUGGAGACUUUCAGCUCAGUCAGAUUGAUGCUCCAUCAGACCCUCUUCCCCUCAACGUAACACCAGCCAGACCAGCAAAGCCUGGCAAGAAAGGAGAGGUUGACAUGCAGGAUGGAGGGGAAGAUGAGGCUCCAGUGAGGGUGCUCAUGAAAGCAGACCCAUCCCGCAGGGAGAGUCUGCUGGCAGAAGCCGAGGUGGACCCCAUGGAUGGAGAGCAGACGUGGCCAACAGAGGGCGAGCUUUUGGAGGCUGAAGAGGCCAGUAAGAGCAAACGUGUGAUCAAGGUCCCUAAAGGAACAUCAGAGUACCAGGCCUCGUGGAUUGUUGAUGAAGACGAGGAGGAGAAUGGAGAGAUCGACGAAGAAAGCAGUGAAGAGGAUGAUGAUGACGACAAUGAUAACGACAUGAUGGAUGAGGCCAUUGAUGGAGAGGAUGAGGACAUGAACUCUCAGGAGCCAAGUUCAGGCUGUGCCUCAGAAGAGGAAGAAGAAGAAGAAGAAGAGGAAGAGUUGGGCUCAACAGAGAAAACUGGAGCAGAUCAACGCUACGAUGAGCACAUUGAUGAGGCUGCAGAAGAAGAAGGCCUGAAACGCUACCGUGAGGCUCGAGCCAAUGAAUUGUUUCCAGACGAGGUGGACACGCCUCUUGACAUGGCAGCUCGAAUCAGGUUUCAGCGCUAUAGAGGUCUCAAAAGUUUCCGCUCCUCCCCCUGGGACCCCAUGGAGAACUUGCCGCUCAACUACUCGCGCAUCUUCCAGUUUCAGAGCUUUGAUCGUACUCGCCGCCGCAUUCUGGCCGAGGCUGCAGCUGAGGAAGAGGGAGCCAUGGUUGGCUGGUACGUUACGCUGCACAUCGACGAUGUGCCCUUUUCUGUGAUGGAGAGUGUCCAGUCGGGCAGACCUCUGAUGAUGGUGUCUCUCUUGCCCCAUGAACAAAAGAUGUCCGUGAUGCACCUCUUGGUGAGGAGACACCCCAGCAAUACAGAGCCGAUCAAAUCUAAAGAGGAGCUGGUGUUCCACUGUGGAUUUCGGAGGUUCAGGGCUUCGCCCAUCUUCUCUCAGCACACUUCAGCUGACAAGCAUAAGAUGGAGCGCUUCCUCGUGCCAGAUGCCCCCACCGUGGUGUCGGUGUACGCUCCCAUUACCUUCCCCCCCGCAGGAGUCCUGCUCUUCAAACAAAAAAAUGAUGGCAUCCAGGACCUGGUGGCUACAGGCAGCCUGCUCAGUUGUCACCCUCAGCGUGUUACGCUGAAGAGGAUCGUGCUGAGCGGACACCCGUUCAAAAUUAACCGGCGCUCGGCGGUUGUCCGUUACAUGUUCUUCAACCGGGAUGAUAUCAUGUGGUUCAAGCCGGUGGAGCUGCGCACAAAGUGGGGUCGAAGAGGCCACAUCAAGGAGGCUUUGGGGACACAUGGUCACAUGAAGUGUGUCAUUGACAAUCAGCUGCCCUCACAGGACACCGUCCUCAUGAAUUUGUACAAGAGGGUGUACCCUCGCUGGACAUAUGACCCCUAUGUGCCCUUGUCUUUACCCUGGGUCAAGAGAGAGGUCACUGUGGAUUUGGACGACUUGGACAUGGAGUAGCGGAGACAUAACAACACAAGAAAGACACAUGACAUGUAUUUACACAAAUGUACAUCUGUGUGCUCAAAUUACCUUUUCAAAAAGUGUAAUGUGUAUUAAACGUAACUAUUUUGAUCCAAAAUGUC